GACAGAGAUAGCACUUCACCUUAUCUACCACACACCCAAAUGAGUGGAGAUCCCACGCAAACAUAUUCUUUAUUGGUAAUGUAAAACUUGUCGGUGCUUUGAUGGUGAUAAAAACUCAAGUUAAACAAAAAAUAUUAAAAUUAGACAAUUUAUGUGGAAAAGUAUGUUCAAUGUAUUAAUUACUAUCACUCAUAUUUAUCCUCGUGCACAUCCUAUUUAUAUAGGUUUGAUUUGGUUUUGAUAUUAGCAUAGAAAGCGAAGAAAACUAAUAUGGCUCAGCAAAAACUUGCAACAUUCCCACUUAGCUUAACUAAAAUCACUUUUCCACGGGAAAGAAAGACUUCAUCUCAAGUCAUGAGAAGCGCCAAGGUCUCUUGGGCAACUCAAUGCAAGGCAUCAUAUAAUGUUCACAGUCAAACAAUUUUUCGUCGAUCAGCAAAUUACCAACCAUCAAUUUGGACUUUUGAUUAUAUCCAAUCAUUAAAUACAGAGUAUAAGGAAGAAAUCUACACACAGCGAGUAAGAGUGCUAAGGGAAGAAGUAAGGAUGUUGCUUUGCAAAGUGGAAAGUGAGCUUGAUCAACUUGAGUUUACUGAUGCCUUGCAACGACUUGGAGUGGAUUAUCAUUAUGACCAUGAAAUAAGAAAGUUCUUGGAUGAUAUUUUCAAAAUGAACACCUUGAAUGAGGAAAAUGAUUUAUAUGCUACGACACUCAAAUUUAGACUCUUAAGGCAGCAUGGUUAUAAUAUAUCUUCAGAUGUUUUUAUUCGCUUUAAGGAUGAUAAAGGUAACUUAAAGAAAGACCAUACUCUUGAUGUGAAGGGAAUGUUAUCAUUAUAUGAAGCAUCAUUCCAUUCAUUUGAAGAUGAAACUAUAUUAGAUGAAGCAAAAGAUUUUACCUCAAAAUUUCUGAAAGAAUAUUGGACCGAGGAAAAAGGUAACAACUACACAUCACUUUUAAUCAAUCAUGCUUUGGAGCUACCAUUACAUUGGAGGAAUCCUAGAUGGGAGACUCAGUGGUUCAUUAAUGUAUAUGAAAGAAAGGAAAACAUGAUUCCUACUUUGCUUCAGCUAGCUAAACUUAAUUUCAACAUUGCUCAAGCCAUCUAUCUAGAAGAACUCAAGGAAUCAUCCAGAUGGUGGAAAAGAGUUGGCCUUGGUGAAAAGUGUAGUUUUGCUAGAGAUAGGUUGGUCGAAAACUAUGUUUGGACCGUGGGAGCAAAUUCUCAUCCCGACCUUGAAUAUUACAGAAAAAGUAUGACUAAGAUCAAUUCCCUAAUUACUAUAAUUGAUGAUAUUUAUGAUGUGUACGGUACCUUUGAAGAACUAAAGCUUUUCACAGAAGUAAUUGGAAGUUGGGAUUUAAAUGCUAUGGAUAGUCUCCCAAACUAUAUGAAAACAUGCUUUCAAGCACUCAAUAACAUCGUCAAUGAAAUUGCUUGUGAAAACCAAGAGAAGAAUGGGUACAAUAUCACCGCAUACCUAAUUAAAACGUGGGCAGAUCUAUGUAAAUCAUAUUUCAUUGAAGCAAAGUGGUACUAUAGUGAAUAUAUGCCAAGCCUUGAAGAAUACCUAGGAAAUGCUUGGAUUUCCAUCAGUACACCUCUUCAACUUAUUCAUACUUACUUCUUGAUUCCACAUUCAAUCAAUAUGGAAGAGUUGAAUAACAUGGAAAAAUACUCGGACAUAAUUCAAUUUUCAGCAAUGAUCUCACGCCUUGCUAAUGAUCUUGGAACAUACAAGCGUGAAAAUGAGAUGGGUGAUGUUGCUAAGUCAAUUCAAUGCUACAUGAAUGAAAGUGGAGCUUCUGAAGUAGAAGCUCGUGAGUAUUUAAAGUCAGUGAUGUAUAAAACAUGGAAGAAGAUGAAUGAAGCGACUUAUAAUUGUUCUUUCUCUCAAUGUUUCAUAAGUACAACUGUAAACCUUACAAAUAUGGCAUUGUGCAUGUACCAGCGGGGAGAUGGCCAUACCAUUCAAGAUCCUGAAAUUAAGAGUCGUAUACUAUCAUUAGUUAUUAAACCCAUUCCUCUUACGUACACAAAGAAAUAGUUAAUACCAGUGGCGGAUCCAGGACCCCGGGGUCAGGGGGUUCAAAUUUUUCAAAUGAGCACAUCGAUAGAAAUAUGAUUAAAAACAACUGUAAUAUGUUAACACCUUGAUCAUUAGGAUGAUAUGUUGUAAUUCUGGGUCGCAAUCCAGGAUCCGAUGGCAACUCAUUUAGAUUUACUUCAAUAGGAGGAACUUGUUGUUGUGAUGAGCUUGAUCCACAUUGCUCACUUGAUGACCUUGCUCUCUUUAUUAAAAAUUUAUCCAUGACCUUCAUUA